CUUGAGGCGGCGGGACCCGCAGUUGGAGGUUUUGAAGGCGCCUUGGCGGGAAGAGUUGCCGUGGAGGCGGCCGGCGAUGUGGGCUGUGCCAACGAGAUGGAUGAGACUGUUGCUGAAUUUAUCAGGAGGACCAUCUUGAAAAUCCCUGUGUGUGAAAUGAUGACCAUCCUAAAAACCUGGAAUUUUUUGUCUGAAAGCCAACUGCAGACUGUAAACUUCCGUCAGAGAAAGGAAUCUCUGGCUCAGGAUUUGCUUCUACUAUGUGAGGAGAAGUGUGCAACUGUGCAAGACAUGGCCCUGUUAGACAUUGUCUAUACUCAAGUUCAUCGGCACCAGAAACUUUGGAAUGUUUUUCAGAUGAGUAAAGGACCAGAUGAAGAUGUUGACCUUUUUGAUAUGGAACAAUUCAAAAUUUCAUUUAAGAAAAUUCUUCAGAGAGCAUUAAAAAAUGUAACAGUGAGUUUCAGAGAUGCUGAGAAGAAUGCAGUGUGGAUUCGAGUUGCCUGGGGAACACAGUACUCAAAGCCAAACCAGUACAAACCUACGUUUGUGGUGUACUACUCCCAGACCCCAUAUGCCUUCACUUCUUCCUCCUAUCUGAAAAGCACUCUUCCCCUGCUCAAGCAGGCACUGACAAUUGCUAGCCAACACCAUCAGAUUGUGCAGAUGGACCUGAGAAGUCGACACCUAGACUCUCUUCAGGCUAUAGUUUUUAAAGAGUAUAAUCAGAUCUUUGAAAAUCACAACCCUACACCACCUUUACAGGAAAGAAGUCUUGGACUAGAUAAAAAUAUGGAUUUAAGGAUCAUCCAUGAAAACACAUUAGAAAAAGAGAGAAUCCAGAGAGUGACCCAAGAAGCAUUUGGAGACUACCCUCAACCACAGCUGGAAUUCGCGCAGUAUAAGCUUGAAACAAAGUUCAAAAGUGACUUGGGUAGGAGCAUCUUGGCUAACAGGGAUGAACCCUUCCGGUGCCUAAUAAAGUUCUCUAGCCCUCAUCUUUUGGAAGCAUUGAAAUCCUUAGCACCAGCAGGUAUAGCAGAUGCACCACUUUCUCCGUUGCUCACAUGCAUACCCAGCAAGGGAAUGAAUUAUUUCAAAAUUAGAGAUAAAUGAGACGUGUAGUUUUAUAAACUCAGUGGCUCCCUGACUAGAUUGUACUUACAUUCCAACUAAUUAUAGUGUAGCAGUUACUCCUUUAUAUUGGAAAUCUAGAAGAGUUGCUGUGAUUAUUAGGACUGUUCUUUCCUCUUCCAUAUGUGCCCCUUACCCCUUUUAUGCUAAGCAUGGCAGUUGUGGCCACUUGAGAUGUGACGGGAUAUAUACACAUGGCAUCAACAGACGUGGGGCACUGGAAUGCCCUGAACAGAGCAUACCGCAUGGUGUUGAACCUGUUGGAAUCAGCCUAAUGUCCUUGUACCCACUCCUGCCUCUCAGUCCUGGAAGGUCUAGUUCUAAUUGCUGGUUUCUGGGACUUUCUGCUAAACCUUGGGUCAUGGAAGAAGCACCAAGAAAUUAUACUCAACCCAGGACUUCUAGGGGAAUCAAAGUUGACCAUUCCAAAGGGGAAAAUUGGGUGCCUUAAGCUACUAUAGGAGGUUUCAUAGCCAGUGGUUCACUUAUACAAUUAUUUUAUUGUAAAUAUGCCACUUUUCAUAACCUCUUUUAUCAUGCAGCCAACAAACUAACUACCAUUAUUAUAGAUUUGCAAAUAAAGAUAUUGAAAACUGGUA